AUGGCUACCUCAAUCAAAGUCGCUACAGCAAAGAUCGUGGAGCAGAGGACUCAUCAGAUACCUGGUAAGCUACGGGUCACGGAGCACUUCUUUGAUGUACCAAAAGACUACUCAAAACCUAAUGCUGGGACCAUUCGUAUCUUCGCUCGUAGUGUUCGAAAGCACGAGUCUCCUGUAGACCACAGCGAACACGACGAGAAGAAGAGCCAACUUCCAUGGAUGGUCUUUCUAAAUGGCGGUCCUGGAGGCCCUUGCAAACACCCAAGUGCCUACCCUUUCACCUGGACCAUCUUGGAUAAAGGCUACCAAAUGCUCUAUCUCGAUCAGAGAGGUACUGGUCUCAGCACCCCAAUCACUGCCAGUACUCUGGGCAUGCGCGGAGAGAACGACGUACAGGCAAAGUACCUCAAGCUCUUCCGUGCCGACAGUAUCGUAAGAGACUGCGAGGCUAUCCGUCAGUCUCUGACUGCAGAGUACCCACCAGAGAAGCGGAAGUGGAGCAUCAUGGGACAGAGCUUUGGCGGAUUCUGCAGCAUCACGUACCUCUCGUUCUACCCACAAGGACUGCGAGAAGCCUUCAUCUAUGGCGGUCUCCAGCCUCUAGUCAAGCAGCCUGAUCCUGUUUACAAAGCACUUUACAAGAGGGUCGCCAAAAGAAAUCUGAAUUACUACGAAAAGUACCCCGAAGACGUCGACAGAGUCAAGACAAUCAUCAAGUACUUGCAACGCUUUGGCGACGGAGUGAUCAAGUUGCCGACUGGUGGAAACCUAACUGCAAGACGCUUCCAGCAGAUGGGUAUCAUCUUUGGGAUGCAUGGAGGAUUCGAUGCCGUGCAUGAAGUUGUCCUGCGUGCUGCCUACGACAUCGAGGCUUUUGGCCAUUUGACCAGAGGCACGCUCUCCGGCGUUGACGCCCUUACAUCUUUCGACGAAGGAGUCGUGUACGCCAUUCUGCACGAGCAAAUCUAUUGUGAAGGCGAAGCACCCAACUGGUCUGCUGAACGCAUGCGUAAUGAGUUCCCCGAAUUCGAGAUCACCUCUGAUGGUCCCGUCUACUUUACCGGCGAAAUGAUAUUCAGCUGGAUGUUCGAGGAUUACAGCGAGCUUCGCAAGAUCCAAGAUGUGGCCAACCGUGUAGCGACAGACUCUGACUGGCCUGCCUUGUUCGACGAAGAGCAGCUCAGCAAGAACGAGGUUCCUGUAUACGCGGCCGUCUACCAAGAAGAUAUGUAUGUCGACUAUGACUACUCUCGCGAGACGGCAGAGAAGAUCAAGGGCUGCAAGACGUUUACAACCAAUGUCAUGUACCACAAUGCUAUCCGCAGCAAGGCCGACGAGGUCAUCAGGCAGUUGUUUGACUUGAGGGACGAUGUCAUUGACUAA